AUGGUCGGAAAGAACGAAAAAUCUGGAUUAAAGAGAAUUUCAAACAGAUACAAGAUGACCGCCGGAGUGCAGGUUGGUUCCGUUAUCAACUGUGCAGACAAUGGAGGAGCAAAAGUAGUAAAAAUCAUUGCCGUUAAAGGAAACAGGUCUAGAUUGAACAGACUUCCAUUCGCAGCCCCAGGAGAUGUCAUCGUUACGUCGGUUAAGAAGGGUAAGCCAGACAUGAGAAAGAAGGUGGUGCCAGCUGUGCUCAUCAGACAGAGAAAAUCAUGGAGAAGAAAGGACGGAGUGUUUAUCUCGUUUGAAGACAACGCAGCUGUGGUCAUUACAGCAAAGGGAGAAAUAAAGGGAACAGCCAUCUCCGGCCCAGUUGCAAAAGAGUGCGCAGAGCUAUGGCCAAAGAUCUCAUCUAUGGCAUCAUGCAUUAAAUAA